ACAAGGCCAACCGUCCGGGAUAAUAGAGGAAAGAGAGAAAAAGGGAGGAAUGCACUAUGUAACUAGCAUAGUCCCGCGGACCACCUAAACUCCGGUCCCCUGCCCAUCCCCAUAGGGCUGAACACGCGCAGCGCGAUAACCCGAUAACUCCCUCGUAUCUUAUCGCGCCCUAAUCCGCCUCAUAUCCCCAUAUACCCCAAUUCCCCUCUUCCUCCAUCCUCCAAAUACGAGAAAACAAACCCGACCACCCCACGUACACAACCUGUCUCUCUUUCUCCCCUCCAUACCAAUUCCAACCUGCAUACCUAGAUUUUUUAGAAAAACAAAAAAAAGAAAGAAAAAAAUGUCCCACACAGCCUUCUUCUACGGCACCCUAAUGGCCCCUCCCGUCCUGCACCGCGUAAUCUGGGGUUCACCCACUCCCCCGACCCCCGCCCACGCAUCUUUGCUGCACAUCCGCCCAGCUAUCCUGCACGCGCACCAGCGCCGAAAAGUGAAGGGUGCGGACUAUCCGGGCGUUGUACCUGUUUCCUCACCCUCAGAGACAGCAAGUGUACGCGGCACUCUAGUCCAAGGUCUCACAGACGGUGAUAUCUGGCGCCUAGAUGUGUUUGAGGGGAGUGAGUAUGUGCGGAGGAAGGUCAGAGUCAGAGUUCUCCUCCCCAGUCAAAAAGUACAAGGAGGUAAGGGGGAAGAGGAGGGCAUGGGCGAUUUAGCGCAAAAAGAGGAGGAUAACGUCGAGGGCGAUGAAGUAGAGGCAGAAACGUAUAUUUGGGUUGCAGGCGAGCACAGACUGGAAGAUGACGAGUGGGAUUUUGCAGAGUUCGUGAGGGAGAAGAUGGGGAGGUGGGUUGGUGGGGUGGAACUUGAAGAUGUCGACAAUGCAGUGGCAGCAGCACAGGGCGAUCCAACUGGUGGCCGCGGCGCAAACGGUGAUAUAACACGCCAGUUGAAUCAAGAAAGCAGGACAAGCAGCAAGAUACUCGAGAGUGCAGUGUGAAUAGAGAACAGAAUCCGUUAUUAG